AUGAAGGACAAACGGUGCUGCUCAAACAAACUCCGUUUCGCGACGUUCAACUGCGGACAGAGCGGAAUCGGAGGGACCGACUCUAUGAACCCAAACGGAUACCGGACCUGCGAACUCAUGGAGGCUCUGGAGCGAAUCAAAUUCGACAUCGUCGGCCUAAGCGAGACGCAUUCGAGAGAGGAGCGGCAUUCAAAGUGGAAAGUCGGAGAACUCAGAGGAAGUGAACUGCAUAUCGGAGCAGCGGACGGACACGUAGGCGGCAUCGGCUUCAUCGUAAACGCCAAGCUCUCAGCGAGAAUCCACUCGGUCGACGUCAGCUCAUCACGAGUCGGGGUGCUGAAGAUCAAACUGGGACGGCGCCAUCUGCUGACGGUCAUCCAAUGCUACGCCCCACACAGUGGCUACGAGGACCAAGAAGUCGAGGCCUUCUACGCCGAAGUCGAGCGACAUCUGUCAGCGAGACGAGGGCCAGUGGUCGUUAUGGGCGACUUCAACGCACGAGUCGGACCGAGAGAACCGGACGAACUGUACAUCGGAGGACACAGUGCUGAACUCCGCAACGACGCAGGCAUCCGCCUAGCCGCCUUCGCUGAAGCCCAACAACUAAGCCCCUCUCCAAGAGAUGGACGUGGCAGUCGUCAGAUCUGA